UUAUAAUCUGUCAAAAAAUAUUCCGUGUGUUUUGUUGAUGUAAUCGCCAAAGUGCUUUUUCGUUUCAUCAUUUGAAACAGAAUUUCACUUAUUUGCGUGAGGUAACAUAAAAUACACGAAAAUGGCCAAACUUUUCUCACCUCGGCACCUGAAAUCGUUGAUGACCAUCAACAAAUCAUUCAACAUAAAAUAUUCACCGUAUUGUAACACGAAACACAGUGGCACGUUAAUGCCGAUUUCUCAUUUAUCAAGUAAAACGAACACAAGCAGAGAUACAAGAUCGGUGCUCAGUGAUAGCAGCAUUAAUACAACAGUGUUACGGUCACGUAUCGGCAACCAUUCGUUAUUUACCAGUAAUUUUACCACAUCGAAAUGGUGUCUGAAGUCGGACACGAAGGAUUCGAAAGUGGAACAGCCAAAGAAACAAGGAAUUGUUGCUCGAUUCAAGGAAUUAACCAGAAAGUAUUGGUAUGUCUUGGUACCUGUUCAUGUUGUCACAUCAGCUGGAUGGCUGGCAGGUUUCUAUUACUUGUCAACAAGCGGAGUUGACAUGGUAGCAUUGCUACAAGCUAUGAGUAUUAAUGAAAGUAUCAUAGACAAAUUGAAGGACUCAUCGAUGGGUCAUUAUGCCAUCACGUACAUGUGCUACAAAAUCGCAACGCCAGUUCGUUAUACAGUAACUAUAGGCGGAACAACAAUAUCUAUCAAAUACCUAUCUCAAUGGGGCUACAUCAAACCGAUGCCGACCAAAGAUGAACUGCAAAAGAUGUACGAUGAUAAGAAAGCGGAGAUAAAACAAAGUUACGAUGAUAAACGAGAAGAGAUGAAACAACGGUACGAUGACAAGAAGGCUCAGGUGUUGCAAGGCUUAGACGAUAAACGGGAAGAGAUCAAACAACGGUACGAUGAUAAGAAAGCACAAAUUCGACAGGAGAUUGACGAUAAAAAAUCGAAAAUGCUCGGAGGUUGCGAAAAUUUUCAGAGUAAAAAUAAAACGAAAAAUUAAAGAGAAAGAAAGCACAAAAGAAAUGUUGAAAAUUUUGUUGAAGUUUUUUUUUUCUUGUUAAAUUUUUAUUUAUCAAUUGUGUUUAACAUGAUAAUAACCAUAUACACGUUUUAACAUCGAGCUUGUAAUAUUAUUCAGAAAAUGAGUUUUUUUUUCUCGUAAAACUGUUAAGAAAGGUGAUGCCUAAUGUUACAUUUUGCAUAAAGUUAAAUCGAUAUUA